AUGGCACAACGACCUCCUAGUUCCCCGCCAGACACCGCCGCCGCCUUGGCGCAGUUGCUAGAAAGGUACCCGAUCUCGGCAGUCAACGCCUCCCUGACCUUCCUGAACGACGUCAAGGCCCGCUGCGCGUCCACGCCGUCCGUCCGCGACGAGCUCUUGGCCCUCCUCAAGGACUUCAAAGAUCUCGAGAUCGUCGCCGCCCAGGCCGCCGCCCGCCCCGCCUUCCUCGCCAGGGUGCAGGCGCUCCUCGGUGGCCAGCCCGAUCUCUUCGCCAGCUUCGAAUCCUUGUUCCGCAAUCCUCCCGCGGCCCGCGAAGCGCCGCCCCGGCGGCGAAGCAGCAGGCCGGAGCGCCGCCGCACGACCGCCGUGGCCGUGGACCCCGAGCAAGCCAGGGCGCUCGCGUUCCUGGAGCGGCUGAAGCGCGCGGACGCCCGGCUCUACCGCGAGUUCAUCGUGCUGCUGAAGGAAGUGGACGAGGUGCCGACCUUGGACGCCCAUGAGAUCUACGGUCAGGCCGUGGCCGUCUUCUGCGCGCGAGAUAGAGGUGGAGAAUUCCACCGCGGUUUCGCUGAGUUUCUUCCAACGGAGCGCGAUUUGCCGGGGUACCGCGUGAAGAGGGAGCCGGAAUACUCGCAGCCGCGUCGAGCACCGAAGCGCAAAGCCGCCGCUGUUGUCGAAGCCAGCGCCAAGAAACCCCGCGCCGACGAGCCCCGCAACAACGCUAACAACAGGCGCGCCUCGGCCUCGCCCGUAAACGACGGCGGCGAGAAGACGAAGAAGGCGCUCACUCCAUUCAGGGAAGCGUGCCUGUUCGAGGCCCGGUACACGAGGCUGGCGCGCACCAUGGCGCGGAUCAAGGUCCUCCUGGAGAGAGAAGCGCUCGAGCUGCCGACUCCGGAGCACCCCCGGCACGACAUCAACGCGCUCUUCCCCGACCGCGAGUGCCGGGAGGCGCUGCAGGAGAUGUACCACGGCGCGUACUGGGCGCCGAUGCAGGACGCGCUGGAGAACAAGGCGCGCACCGGGCCGGCGCUGUUGAGGAUCCUGCGCAGGCUGAUGGAGAAGGAGCGCGUGGCCGUGAGGGUGGCCAUGGAGCGGCGGGACCCCGAGCGCGUGAGAGGCAGGAUGGCGAAGCUUGCGCCGGAGCGGGUGAGGUGUAUCCGUGAGAAGAGGGAGCAGGCGGCGGAGCACCGGAGUGCCGGCGAUCGCGGUGACCCGUGUGCGCUCGGGUCAAGUUAA